CUCACGGGCCGUAAGAUCAUUGUCGACACAUACGGCGGUUGGGGCGCACACGGAGGCGGCGCCUUCUCUGGCAAAGACUCGACUAAAGUUGACAGAUCUGCGGCUUAUGCCGCGCGAUGGGUCGCCAAGUCGUUGGUGGCGUCCGGUCUCUGCAAACGAUGCCUCGUUCAGGUUUCGUACGCCAUUGGGAUCGCAGAGCCGCUGUCUAUAACAGUCUUCACUUACGGGACAUCGAAGAAGACGCAGAAAGAAUUGGUUCUUAUAAUCAAAAACAACUUCGAUCUCAGGCCCGGCAUUAUCAUCAGGGAUUUGGACCUAAAAAAGCCUAUUUUCGAGAAGACUAGUAUUUACGGGCACUUCGGGCGCGAGAACUUCCCGUGGGAGGUGCCCAAGGAGUUGGUCUUUUGAUUCUUAAGUCCACCUUUACAUCGAUUAAUAUUAACAUUAUCUCCUUUAUCUGACAUUUUUAUAUUUAAUUCAAACUUAAUCCAAUUAAUGAUGAAUUUUGACUUAUUUUGUAGUUUUUUGACAACUUAUCGCAAUAUUCUAUAUUAUUAUUUAAUUUUUUUUAUUGAGUUUAACUCUAAAAUAAUAUUAAAUUUACCUAGUAUACAGUACAAUUAAAUUUAUAUUUUAAAAACAAUUUUACAGGCAAUUUGUUUUUGUUUUGAUAUUUAAACAAUAAAGAUUUGAUUAUACAACAUUCAA